AUGUCUCGCUUGGCCGACUACUUUGUCGUGGUAGGAUAUGACCACGAGAAAGAAAGAGGCGGCACCAGCAGCGGAAAGAUAAUCCAGAGAUUUCCAGACACCGACUGGGAAAACUGCCCUUUUACACAAGGGAUAGAACUGUUUUGUCAACCAGUAGGAUGGUCGCUGUCAAGUCGCCGGGAGCCACCACAAUUUUUCGUGGCAGUGUUGACAGACAUCGAUGCAGACCGGCACUUCUGCACAUGUCUGACAUUCAGCGAGACAAUCGCUAUCACGAGUACCAAGGGAGAUGACCCAGAUGGGGAUGAGCCUUCGGGGAUUCACAGCUCUCUCAUGUUCGCCCCGAAGUCCCUCGUCCUUGUUUCAAGACUUGACUACUUUGAUGUGUUCAGGAACUGCCUCGGAAUUAUUUACUCCACCUAUGUUGAUAAGCUGGACUAUCAGUUGGAGUCUCUGGUGGGCAACAUACUAGGCUGUAUUCAAGUACCGCCUAUAGGUGGACCCCAGGUACGGUUCACCAUCGGGGCUGGUGACCGCCAGGCUUUACAGCCUCCACUUAGUUCAAGCAUCCCUGUAUCUGGCAAUACAGUGGCCCUCCUCUUCAAACAGCUGGGUAUUCAGAAUACCUUGGUGCUUUUCUGUGCAGCAUUGACGGACCACAAGAUUUUGUUCCACUCUCAGAGUAACUCUCGUCUGACAGAUGCCUGUCGAGCCCUCACUGUUCUUUUUUAUCCCUUCAAGUACAGCUAUGUAUAUAUUCCUAUCCUACCGGCACCCCUGAUAGAAGUGCUCAACACUCCAACCCCAUUCCUGGCCGGUAUUCAUUCAUCUCUCAUGGAUGAGGCCUCUGAUCUCUUAGAUGUAAUCAUUGUAGACUUAGACGGAGGAAGUGUAUUUAUUCCUGAAUGUAUUAAUCUGCCCAUGAUUCCUGAACCAGUACUCACACGGACAAAGACAUCCCUCAAGAUGGUUUUGAACCCAGACCUACUCAUGGCUGACCAUGCAUUUCCUGCCCCAUCUCCGAAGAAGCCUGCCUCAUUAGAACAAAAGGACAAAGAAAUCCGUGCAAUAUUCAUUCGUAUGUUUGCUGAAGUUUUUGCUGGAUACAGAACUUGCCUCACACUGAUUCGCAUUCAUCCUGAAGCAUUUAUAACCUUUCAUAAGGCAAACUUCCUAGGUCACAAAGGGAUGGUGGAAGAUGAUUUCCUAAUUCGUGUUCUGGAUGCCAUGGCGUUUGGAGGCUUUGUAGCAGAGCGUGGACCGCCAUACCGAGUCUGUGACAUAUUUGAUGAGGUGUAUGCCGUUCUACAGGAACAGCUGAAGGAAGAAGUGAAUGACCCAGAAAAAACAAUGAGUAACAUCAAGGAAAUCGCCAAACAGCUUCAUACCAAUGAGUGUCCUAACCCACAACCAUACGUACAGAAGGUACCCAAGCCCACUGAGGGAGCAUAUUCACGUAUACAUCAGCCUCCAUUUCCUUAUCUGGACUGGGCACAUGUACAGAAGAUCAUUGAUGAAGGUGUACACAAACAACCUGUCAAGACCAAGUUCAAUAACUUACGGCCACCACAGCUGAGAAUAGUACCGAUAGGUCCAACCAUUACCCUCAUCACUGACAGACUCAGAAUUGUGGACAACAAUGCCCGACGUCUCGAGGUCCUACGCAAUUGUGUCACCUUCAUCUUUGAGAAUAAAAUCACAGAUGCAAGAAUUAUAUUCCCAGCAGUGCUGCGUGCCCUGAAGAGCCGAGUGGCUCGUCUAAGUCUAACACAGGAACUGAGCUACCACAUACGCAGCAACAGAGCCAUGCUGGAGCACCAACAGUUUGAUCUAGUCGUAAAACUCCUCAACUGUGCUCUACAGAAUGACUCUAGCAUGGAUGAAAAUGGAAUUGCAGCAGCCAUCCUUCCUCUAGCUACCUCCUUUUGUCGGAAACUUUGUACAGGGGUGAUCCAGUUUGCCUACACACUGGUACAGGAGCAUCCAGUCUGGUCGAAUCAGCAAUUCUGGGAGGCUGCCUUCUACCAGGACGUCCAGAAACAGAUUAAACAGCUGUAUCUACCCCAGUACGAAGAACACAUGAUAAUGGAAAAGAAACGUGACAGUUCUUACAGCCCGCCCCAGUACAGAAAUGAUGAUGAAUUGAAUGUACCAUCUUAUCGUGGCUCAUCUACAACACCAGAUGCACAGAGACGACUCUCAGGCUUCAAACCCAGACAGAUUGGGGCACUGGAGAUUGCUGCUGAACAGCUAAGAAUAUGGCCGACCCUGAGCCCCGAGCAGCAGCUUGAGAUGACAAAUAACGAAGAGUCAACAGUGUAUAGUCAAGCUAUCCACUACAGCAAUAGGAUGGUGUACAUGAGAGUUCCCUUAGAGACAACCAAACCCAUCAAAACCCUCUCACCACACGACUGGGAGAGCAACAGUAAUAGCAACAUCACUGCCAGUCUGGCGGAGAGUGACAGUAUUGAUGCCGAGAGUGGAUUUGACGAGACAGAGAUUUCUGAUGUUGGAGCGACUGUGGUGCGAUUUGUGACAAGAUUUGUCGACAAAGUGUGCAAUGAUAGUGGCGUGACUCAAGACCACAUUAAGGCUCUGCACCAGAUGGUUCCAGGUGUGGUGGCCAUGCAUAUUGAAACACUGGAGGCAGUCCACAGGGAGAGCAAGCGUCUACCUCCCAUACAGAAGCCAAAGAUCCUGAAGCCGACCCUGCUAUCAGGAGAAGAGGUGGUAAUGGAUGGUUUGAGAGUGUACCUUCUCCCUGAUGGUCGAGAGGAGGGUAUGGGAAGUAACAUGGGAGGACCUAGUCUACUGCCAGCCGAGGGAGCCAUUUUCCUCACUAACUACAGAAUCAUAUUUAAGGGCAUUCCCUGUGAUCCUCUGGCUUGUGAGCAAGUGGUAGUGCGAUACUUCCCAGUGUCCACCCUCACCAAGGAGAAACAGAUCAAGUUGCAAUACACUCCCCAUAUUGACCAGCUCCCAAAGGAUGGCAUCCAGCUGAGAUCGAAUAUAUUUCAGCUGAUGAAGAUCGCCUUUGAUGAAGAAGUGAAUCCAGAGGACGUUGAUGCCUUCAGAAAACUCUCUAACAAAUACCGCAACCCUAACAAUGUGUUCAACACCUUCGCCUUCUCUGGCCAGACAAUCCUACAACCAACGCCUUUACACAAACACAAGGAAAAAAAUGCCUCUCUCAAACAUUUUGCAAAGAAAACUUUGAUAAAGACAGCACGGAAGGCAGGCAUAAAAACAAAACAGUCUGGAAGAAAACCCAACAAGUAUGUGCUUCCAACGCCUCCUCAGCAGCGACGGAGUCUGGCCUCACGAUCCUCUACAGCAGGGUCAGACAGUGAAUCUGACCGACCCACCAGUGAGCUCUAUGAUGACCUUUCAAUCAUUGAUGAGGCAGAUUUCCCCCAGAAUUUGGCCGCUGACCCCAAAUUUCUUGAGAAGCUAAUGACAAGACCUGGCUAUAAUGAUUAUAAACGUCUAGGCUUUGGAGAUCUGAUGAGUGGUACACAAACACUCAGGACAAGGACAGAUCUUUUCAGGAUCAGUACUGUUAAUGCCAACUACUCUGUCUGUCGCAGCUAUCCUGCCCUCCUUGUUGUUCCGGCAUCAGUGGCAGAUAACAGUAUACGCAAGUUUGCUCGCACCCAUCGGCAAUCCAGAUUUCCUGUGAUAACAUGGCGCCACCAGAGAACCAAAGCCCUCUUGUUACGGGCAAGUGGCUUUCACAGUCGUGGUCUGAUGGGCAUGCUCAAGCCAGAAAGUGGCUCAGGUACAUCUGGAGGAGAACCAUCAUCUAGCCUUCAGCAGGAGCGUUACUUCUCCUCCGUCGUAGCUGCCACACCUAACAGUGGACGUGUAUGCCACCCUUCAUGUAGCGACUCUCUCACUAGUCUUGAUUCACUGAUGAUGGUAGAACAACCGAUCACUCUGCCAGACACGCCUGAUAUGCUUAGGCGUGCCUACAAAACCGGCAGUGUCCGGAGUAUGGUCAAACCAAAGACUACGUUCCUUACCCUGCCUCGGCGGUCACGGUCACGAGCUGGUUACUGGCAAACUUUCGGAAGGAUUGGCAGCAUUAAGGAAAAGUCACGGAUGAGUGGCACUGCCAGUCUUGACUCAUCUGCAGCUCGUCUGAAUGGGGCACUGAGUGAUGGUAGCUAUGGUGAUCGUAGUCAUGGUGAUCUCAUCAACAGCUCUGUACAAGGCCUGAAGCGUGUGGCUCUCUAUGUUCUUGGCGAGAAGGCACAAAUGAAGGGUAUAAAAAUGGAAUCUUUUCCCAAAUGUGACUUUAUACCAGUGGACUUUUAUGAGGUGCGUCAUGUCAAGGCCAGCUUUAAAAAGUUGAUGAGGGCAUGUGUUCCAAGUGCCCCACCCACGCAGGAAAACACUUUCUAUAAAGCAGUUGAGGAGUGCGAGUGGCUGCUACAGAUACAGAACAUCCUGCAGCUGGCUGGAGCAACAGUUGACCUGUUGGAUGUACAGGGUUCUUCGGUAAUGAUGUGUCUAGAGGAUGGAUGGGAUUUUACCACACAGGUAGUGUCCGUGGCCCAAAUUCUCCUUGAUCCCUACUACCGCACAAUUGAUGGCUUUCGUGCCCUCGUUGAGAAGGAGUGGCUGUCUUUCGGUCACAGGUUCACGCAUCGAAGUAACCAGACAGCUGCCAAUCAAGCAAGCGGUUUCGCUCCACUCUUCCUGCAGUUCCUUGAUGUAGUACAUCAGGUGAUGAACCAGUUCCCGCUGUCGUUUGAGUACAAUGAUUUUUACCUGCGUUUCUUGGCCUACCACUAUGUUGCCAGUCGCUUCAGGAGCUUUAUGUUGGAUAACGAGUAUGAACGUAUGGAGGCAGGCUGGUUGUGUGAGGAAAGGAAGAUCCCAAAGAUUGAUGAUACAGAUAUAGAAGGAGGGUUUGCCUACCGCCAUCAGCACCAGCCCAGCCUGGGAAUGUCUGUCUGGGACUACAUCGACAAACAUAAUCGCAAAUCAGCCAUUUUUUGGAACUUCUAUUACAGUCCACAUGACCAGGAGGUGGUGCUGCGACCGUAUUCUAACAUGUCAAACCUGCGUGUUUGGGAAUACUAUCUGACAGAGGACCUGGCCCAUGGCCCGCCAUACGAGGUCGAAGUAACGCAGCGUGAAAUACAGCUGAAUGAGGAGGAGGCUGCAGAGAGCUCUGGUCAGAAGUCUCGUAAGGUUGUUAACGGUUGCUAUGACAACAUACGUAUCCAGCAGCCUGAUGCUUUUACAUGGCAGCUACAAGAGAUGUACAAGAUAGAGAGUGAUCUGGGACUCCUACCACAGAAGUGGAAGACAGUGUGGGACAAAAUAGAACGUCCAACCCGGGAUACUAUCCACAGGAAUGCUUCCUUUAACACUCAGAUGGUGCGCUCCCACGGCCGCUCCAUCCAUAAGCGUUCUACCCUGGAGAUUCUUGUCAAGGGCAAGAUGCUCGGUGAAGCUGCUAAAAUGUUCAGUCAGCCGCACAGAUUUGAGAAGUACACCUACACAACACCUGUGUAUUGUGAUUACUGUUCACAGGUCCUGUGGGGACUUCUGAAGACAGGUAUGCAUUGUGCAGACUGUGGCUAUAACUGUCAUGAAAAGUGUGUCAACAACGUGCCAAAGAACUGUACAAAGCUCAAGAUUGUCGCCGAUAGCAACAGUAGCUCAAAUGUGUCGCGGGCUGGAGGCUCUGAGUCAGGGUCUGUUACAGGGGUGACAACAGUAACUAGCAGUGCUGCAGGUUUUGAACAGAUGUCUUCAGGUAGUGGAGAACAGCCAACAUUUGAGGGAUACCUAUACAAGCGUGGUGCUCUGCUCAAGGGAUGGAAACAGCGCUGGUUUGUCCUUGAUUCAACCAAACAUCAGCUGAGGUAUUAUGACGCUAUGGAAGAUUCUAGUUGUAAGGGGUUCAUCGACUUACUAGACAUUGUGUCAAUACAGCCUAUCAAAAAUGUACAGGGUGCACCAAAGAGAUCUGAUGAAAACGCUUUCUUUGAGCUGAAGACAGUUCGUCGAGUGUACAACUUCCUGGCAUUUGAUGCUAAAACAGCCCAGGAAUGGAUUGACCGAAUACAUAGCUUUAUAUGAAACCUCAUUUAGACAUUUCCUAGCCUCACAGAAUUCUCAACUGGUUUCUUUGGAAAAGAUUUCUGUAAUUUAGUGUUGAUGAAUAUGUCAUAAUAGAACUUCUUGAGGUAUAACACGGUUUAGAGAAGAAUCAUCGACCGUUAAUUGAGUGAUCAACGAUAGCAUGUCUCUGUGUGUUGUGACGGCCACACUAUGUAACACAUCAGUCGAAGAACAGGGUAUUUCACAUAGUGAUGGUCUCGUUAUAAACCAUAGCAGAUAAACGGAGUGGAACAUAGUGUUGUGAGGGACCGAGGGCAUAUAUGGUCACAAAAUUUGGUUGUGAGAGACCACAAAAGCAGGAAUGACCUUGGUAGAGGUCAAAAUGACCACUGAUUGGCUUGACACUUCGACUUCAACUUACCUCACAGCUGAUACACAUUACAAGCAAUUUGAUGACUUGUCAAUGAAAUUGAAUUAAAUUACUCCUGCAUGCAUUUCGCAAUUUCUUUUUCUUAGAUUGGUGUUAAAAAAUUUUUCAUUAAAUUGAACAUUUUUUCAUAAUUAUGAAUUUGUAAAUUCAAGUAUAUUUUAAUUAAAUUAGAAUUUUAUCAAGACUAACAUAAAGAGAAAUUGUCCAUUCAAUGCAGUGCUCUGUUCACACUGGAGGAAAAUGGCUUUAACUGGUAUAGUGUGUGUGUUUUGGGCUAGGGUCUAUAGACAGAGUGUAACAAUGUAUGGUGAGUGAAAGGUCAAAAGGGCUAUUUGUAAUCUGUUUUACAUGGGGAUCAAAUGUUUAUAACUUUGCACAACAUCAUACUAUUUAUUAUUUUACUACAUACCUUAUAAAAGAUGUGACCAUUUUUGUGUCAGUUUUAUGUGACUGUCAUAAUAACAAGUAAUACACUUUUUUUUUUGUUUUUUCCAUUUAGUUAAGUAAUUGAUGUUUGUACAAAUAUGCUUAAGUUUCAUAAAGCUGUGUGAUUGUUUUCAACCAUUUGUAAAAAGAAACGAGUUUUAUUGUAGAUACUGUUGUUUAUGUAUAUAUAUCAGCCUGCGGUUUACUCUGUUUUGUAAAUAACCCAAUAUUUGUAUAUGUUUUUCUUUGCUCAGUUUCAAGUGUACAUAUGUACAUGAGUUACAACACCAGUCAUUAUACACAUCUACACAAUGUCAUUACUACACUGUAAUCGACAUUGGAAAUGACAGUUGACUCCUCAAUCUGUCGAUAAUGAGAAAUUAGAGUGAAAUAGUUCUCAUUUGCAGCAAAAUAUUUAGACAAGAAGUUUGAAAUAACUCUCAGAUUUAGUACGAUAUCAAGACAAGAAGUCAAUUUGAAAUAAUUCUCAGAUUUUGCAAGAAAUUGAGAAGUUUGUUUGAAAUCAUUCUCAGUUUAAUUUAACACAGUUUAAAAUGAUUCUCUGUUUUAACAAAAUAACAGCACGUUUGUAUAUUUGUUAUAUUUGUUUUUAUUUUUCACAGGUACGUUUUCUCAAUAAUACAUUAAAAUCCAGUUUGAUUUAACAUGUCAUUGAAUUAGAUGUUUCAAUCGUGGAUUUUGUUGUGAUGCUUUCAUCCCUGUUCUUAACUGGUAAUAUCACAUUAACACUAACACCAGGUAUACUUAUUUUAACAAAUAAUCUUUUCAUCAUGUCUUUUUAAAUAAUGUUUUUGUUUCUUUAAUAUAUUUUACUGACUUCAACCACUAAAAUGAUUUUAAAUAUUUUAUGGGUAUCUAAGGAACAUAACAUUUGUCACUUUACUGUUGUAUUAUGUAAGAUUACAAUACAUUGUCUGGAGUGGUCUGGACAUGACAUCUCUAGUCAGGGUAAGGUUGUCAUCUUUAUUGUACUAAAGGAUUCAAUAUUUACCCUUCAAAAUGUAAAUAUUUGUUCAAGGAAUUCUCAUGCACCAUGACAUGAUUUUGGCAGUAUUACAAUAUAACUUAUUGGAUGUUCUUUUCAGAGAAUACUUUGAUAUUUUAAGUACAAUCUUUGAGUUUUUUAACAUGAUCUUAAGUUAACAUGAUUGAAAAGUUUUCUGUACAAGGGUUUGGAUGCUAUAUCAUGUGUGUUUAUCAACACAUUUAGCCAGCAAUAUAAUACAAUGAACAGAUCUUCACAGAAAAACAUUGACCAAGGCAAGAAUAGAAAGCAUUUCAACAGACAUGUAACAAAUAUGCAUCUUUAUAUAUUUGUUGACGUUCCCUGGAAAUCCAUGACCUUAUUUCCACCAAAGAAAUCUCUUCUGUUGACAUGCUGAGAUUUCAUUAGGCUUUAUUUAGGAAUCAUAUAACUGCUUCCUAAUGCUUUGAAUCUUAGUAUGUGCUUAUUUUAGUUGGUAUGGGAUUGGGCUCUCUGCUGUAGAGAAUCUCUCCCAAUGGCACACAAUUCUCUGCCACUGGAAGGACCAUUGGUGCCAGGAGGAUGGCAAUCUCUGCCACUGUGGUCAGGAAGUCUGCCACUGGGGUGGGGAUCAGUGUCACUGGUUUGGGGAUCCGUGCCACUGGGGUGGGGAUCUGUGCCACUGGGAAGGGGAUCUGUGCCACUGGGUUGCAGAUUUGUGCCUCUGGGAAGGGGAUCUGUGCCACUGGGUUGCAGAUUUGUGCCACUGGGAGGGGGAUCUGUGCCACUGGGUUGCAGAUUUGUGCCACUGGGAGGGGGAUCUGUGCCACUGGGUUGCAGAUUUGUGCCACUGGGAGGGGGAUCUGUGCCACUGGGUUGCAGAUUUGUGCCACUGGGAGGGGGAUCUGUGCCAUGUCUUGGGCUCCUUAUUAACACAUCAUUGAACAGGAGUUUACCUGUAAAUAUAUCAUUUCAUAUUUAUGUGACAUGUAUAUAAUCUGUACGUAGGAACUCUGUACAGUCGCUAUAUAUAAAACAUGACACUGUACAUACCUGUAUAACACCAUGACCAUGUUUUUGUAUUUAUAUAUUAAGUGGCUCAAACCUAGCUACUUAUUGGACAGCUAUUUUCUACUUGUCUGUAAUGCUUUUUGGAAGUUUUAGUGUAAAAGCUAUGCAUCAGUGUAUUACUUUUGUUGAUAUACCCAUUUUUCUAUGUGGGCUGUCAGUCAUGUGUACGCAGUGUUGACAACUUAUCAGAUUAUCUGGCAUGACCUGUUAAACAAGGGUCAAAGGUCAGGGGGCAUUUGUAUAGAAACAUAUUUUCAUUUCAUUAUUGUGACUUUUUUUGAUACUGGGAAUAAAAUGCAAAGAUCAUUUAAUGAACAGAAAUGGACAGAACCUAUACUGUAAAAUGCCUCUCCUACGGAGUUAUUAUAAUUCAGAUGAUACAUAGGUCCGUGGAAGAUCAUGGAAUGUUUGAAUUUACAAACAGAAGAGAAUAUGUCACAAAUGAGGUCCUGCUGUGCUCCACAAAUUCACAAUUUCUAUCAUUUGUAAUAUCAUACUGGUGCUUCAAUGAAUUGGGAAGUGAGUUGGCAACACUGUGUGCGAUUACAUUGAAUCAUGGCUCUGUAUAGGGCCCUGAUCAACUGGGGUCCCUCCAAGCUCUGCUAGUACAAUGUAAACUUGACAUAGCCAGUUUGUUGAGACUUGAUUUCUAGACAUAAUGCAUUUCCUAGGAUCUAGUUAAAAAUCAGAUCUCGUGUUUCCUUUUUGUAUUUCAUAUCUCGUCACAUUUAAGGAGGUCGAAAAUUAAAUCGGAAUUCUCAUUUUGAUUAGAUUGACAUGUUCUGGUGAAAGAAAUUCAGAAAUACUGUUAAAUAAAGUGUAUGUCCUUGUGUGGUUUUCUAAACAUGCUUCAUCAAAUGAUUCAGUGAUUCUAGAAUCACCUGUUUUAUAUCAGUCAUACUGAUUUCUUGUUUUACCUGUGAGGUUACCUGUCUUGGCCAGUAACAUCACUUUGUGUGAGAAACAUAUUCAUCUUCUCUCUGUAAUAUUGCCAUUCAAAUACUGUCUCUAUUUGACAGAUGUUUGAAAAUUUACAAGUAGACUUUAACUCUAAUUAGCUGUGUUAACUAUGACUGAGUAAUCCAGUAACACUAGUGUGGUACGUUGAGUGAAAGAUUAAUUAAUGUUUGUAAAUGUUAUCAACACCGCUGUCAACUGACCAGAUUACUUCAUAUAGUGUAUUUCAGGUUAUGAUCAGUUGGAUAUAGAAAUACUAUAUACUUCUACCACUCAAUAGCUGCUGUCAUCUCUUAACUUUAGUGUAGCUCAAAUUUCGUAGUUCUUCCAUAGUUCUUCCAGUUAUCUCUUCUGUGGUUACUUGUACUGUAUUUCUGGGAAAAGUUGAUCACAAAAAUUGUUUGGGCAAAAUAGGGAAAAAAAUCAGUUUUUCCUGUUUCGGCCUAAAAAAAAUUUGGGG